AUGAAGAUCCUUUUACCACUGACCUUUCUGGUUUUUGUUAGUUCUCCAGGUUGGACAAUAGAGGGGCACUACUGCAUAGGCAUUAGAGAAACUACUUGGAAUUAUGUUCCUACUGGUAAAUAUAUGCUCAAUGUAAUGCCUAUUUCAGAAGAUCAAGAGUUUCAGUCCCAAACAUAUCUAAAGCAAAGCCAAGAUAGGAUAGGACCUGUUUAUAAAAAGGCUUUGUAUUUUGAGUACACGGAUGAUACAUUUCAAACGAUCAUUGAGAAACCAUCCUGGUUGGGAUUUUUAGGUCCAAUUAUGAAAGCAGAGACUGGAGACCUCGUUUGUGUACAUGUGAAAAAUUUUGCUUCAAGAAACUAUAGUUUCCAUCCUCACGGAAUCAACUGCACUAAAGAAAACGAAGGCUCUCUCUAUCCUGAUAACACUACAGGCCUGCAAAAGGAAGAUGACUGGCUAGAGCCAGGGGCAGAGUAUACUUACCGGUGGUUUGUAGAAGCAACUCAGGGGCCUUGUUCCGAUGACAGUAACUGCAUGACACGGAUGUACCACUCCCAUGUAGAAACUCUAAAAGAUGUGGCUUCAGGACUUCUUGGACCAAUUCUGACUUGUAAAAGAGGAACCCUGGAUAGAGACAUGGAAAAAAAUAUCCACGAGUCUUACGUUCUGAUGUUUUCUAUAACGGAAAACCGUAGCUGGUGUAUCGAUGACAAUAUUAAUAUAUAUACUGAAUCUGGCCGAGUUAAUGCUAGAGAUUCUGGCUUCUGGGAGAGCAAUCUCAUGUGCUCAAUAAAUGGAUACAUGUACGGAAAUCUGCCCAAUCUCACCAUGUGUGCAGAGGACAGGGUCAAGUGGUAUUUUAUUGGCAUGGGAGGUGUGUUGGACACACACUCCAACUUUACCCAUGGACACACUCUGAUCUCUUGGAAUCACAGAAAAGACACCAUCACUGUCUUUCCUGCCUCAAUGCAAGAUGCCUUCUUGGUGGCCAAGGGUGCUGGAGAGUAGAUGUUGGGCUGUCAGAUACAUGGUCCCAUAAUAUUUCUUAGCCCUGGCGAGAAACUCUAUGCUGUCUUUAAAAAUAAUGCCUCAAGGCCAUAUUCUAUUCAUGCUCAUGGUGUGAAAACAAACUAUUCCACUGUUGUUCCAACACAGCCAGGAGAGAUCCAAACAUACAUUUGGCAGAUUCCUGAAAGAGCUGAUCCUACCUCAAAGGACUUUGAGUGCGUACCUUGGUUUUACUAUUCAACUGUGGACGUGGUUAAGGAUCUUAAUAGCGGACUGGUAGGUCCUUUGAUCGUAUGUCGAAAAGACACCAAAGCCAGCAUAGUUCACAGUGUUCUCCACUUCAUGAUUUUUCAUGAGAAUGAAUCCUGGUACUUUGAAGAAAACAUCAAUACCUAUUCUCAAGAAUCAAACCAAGUAGACAGGAGUGAUGCUACUCCUGACCUCAGCAAGUAAAUUCACGCAAUUAAUGGAAGAAAGUUUAGAAAUAACCAAGACCUGACAUUUCAUGUUAGGGAUGAAGUGAAUUGGUAUCUGAUUGGCAUGGGGGGUGAGUUUGACCUGCACACAGUUCACUUUCAUGACCACAGCUUUCAAUACAAGGAAUAUGUCAGUGAAGGUCUUCAUUACUGGAGGCGAACAGAGCACAGAGGCCACCUGGACCUAAUGGUCAUUAACCAAUAUCUAUUUACUACCAAGCCCUUGAUGACAGAGAAGCGAUUUCCCAUGUACUACAGUCCUGGAUAG